AUGAGCUAUCUUGUUCAGAUCUUCGUGCUCCUACUUUCAGUGUCUUCUGCCUUGUCGACUACAAUUCCUGGUGUAGUAGGACCUGAUGUCAGCCUCGCAAAGGAUUCUGAGCAAUACAAAGCUUGUAAAGCUGCCGAUCCAAACUCAGUCGCAUUCGUUACGGCGAUGGGCCACCUGAAAUGGUACAAUAUAACCAAUGUGUUCCGUGGCGCAAAGACGGGAAAAUCAUCAGCAACGCCGUAUAUUGUCGACCUGCAUCGUGCUAUGGACGAAGAGUGUACACAAGGACCUACUACACCAGGGCCCGUUGACGUUCCGGUGUCGCUCGAUUUUUUGAAUGCUGCCGAUUUCGUAGAAUUGAUGGGCCAAAGUGCCUACUGCUCCCCAAACAGUCUCCCUCGCGUUGAUUUUGAAAAUGUCAGCCCUGGCCUUGUUUCCUUUGUUACGAACCUAUAA